AUGAACGGUGUGUCAGAUAUAACUGAAGAGACUAAGUCUGCCAAAGAGACAGAAGAACCGACCAAAGAGACGAAUCAGUCCGAAGACAGUGAUGACGUACAGAAGAAUAAUGUGGCUAAUGUGACAGAGAUAACAAGCCUGAAAGAUUUGGGAAAUAUCGGCGAUGAGUCACAAGAAAAAGAUUUGACAAACAUGUCUGAUGUGGCAAUGAAACAAGAGAAACUGCUCAGUACAUCUAAGCCAGUGCAGCGAAGCUAUGUGCCCAAACUGGGGAAGGGGGAUGUUAAGAAUAAAUUUGAGGCCAUGCAGAAGGCCAGGGAGGAUCGUAAUAGGAAAAGGAGUGAGGACGAGAGAAAGAAACGGAAGGAUCAGUACGUCAAAGAGAGAGAGUGGAGCCGACGGAAGCAGCAGAUAAAAGAACUCCUCGCCUCCAGCGAUGAAGAGGAAGAGGUGAAACCAGCCAAAGUAGAGAAAACAUACGUUCCUAAAAUUACAGGCAGCGUGAAGGGGAAAUUCGCUGAGAUGGAGAAACAGAGGCAGGAAGAAGAGAGAAAGAGAACAGAGGAAGAGAGAAAAAAGCGUGCAGCUCAAGAAGCCAUGGAGAAGGCCAAGAUCCAAAAGGAGCUCGCCAAGAAAGCCGAGGAGGAAGGGGACGAUACCAUUCUGGUAAGGGUGGUUCCAGCAAAGCCCCACAAAAAUCCAGGCAAGAUCAAGAUCAACUUUGAAGACAUGGAGAAGAGUAGAGAGGAGGAGCUGAAGAAGAAGUCUGAGGAGGAGAAAAAGAAGAGAUACGAUGAACACAGGCGCUCUUUCCGCGAGGCCAAGCGACGCUCCAUUGUCUCACAGCAAGAAGAUGAAGAUGCUCCACCCAAAGAGAAGGAGCAGGUAACCCCUGGCAAACUGAAGCUGACAUUUGAGGAACAAGAGAAAGAGCGUCAGGAACAGCAGAGAAAGCAAGCUGAGGAGGAAGCCAGACGUCGUCUGAAGGAGGAGAAGAAAGCAUUCGAGGAAGCCAAACUGGGGAUGGCUCAGGAUGAUGAUGAGGAGCAGAGUGUUCAGGGCGAUAAAGAGGAGUUCAGACCAGGCAAGCUCAGACUGAGCUUUGAGGAACUGGAGAGACAGAGAUUGGAGGAGGAGCAAAAACGAGUGGAAGAGGAGAGGAGGAGACGCAUCGAGGAGGAGAGGAAGGCCUUUGCCGAGGCCAGGAAGAGCAUGGUUAUAGAUGAUGACGAUGACAUCUUGUUGGCCAUGAUGAGCUCAGAUGGAACUAAGCCUGGCAAACUGGCCAUCAGCUUUGAGGAGCUUGAACGUCAGAGACGCGAGGAGGAACAGCGGAAGAAGGAAGAGGAGGCCAAACGUCGGCUGGAGGAGGAGAAAAGACUCUUUGCUGAGGCUCGCAAGAACAUGAGCCCUGUCCUGGAUCAGGAAAAAUCUAUGACUGGAUAUGGAGAAGGAGAAGUGCUCGAUGAAGAUCAAGAGAUGGUAAAGAGUGAGUCUCAGGAAGCGUUGCAUCCUGGGAAACUGGAAAUCAACUUUGAAGAGAUGCUGAGGAUGAAGGAAGAGGCGGAGAGGAAACGCAAAGAGGAGGCACGUCGCAAGAAACUGGAAAUGGAAAAGAAAGAGUUUGAGCAGCUCCGACAAGAGAUGGGAGAGGAAGAGAUCAACGAAAGCUCGGGCAUAGUCAGCACAGAGUACGAAGAGCUGACAAAGCUGAAGAGAACCGGCUCCAUCCAGGCCAAGAACUUGAAAUCGAAGUUUGAGAAAAUAAAGCAGCUUACCGAAGAAGAGAUCCAGAAAAAGAUUGAAGAGGAGAGAGCCAAGAGGAAGGCCAUGGAUCUGGAGAUAAAAGAGAGGGAGGCUGAGCGGUGCCAGGAGGACGAUGAGGAGGACAAAGGAAGCCCGGUUAAAGUGGAGGACGCUCCAUUCAGGCAGAAGGUGGACAUGCGAGCACGGUUUGAGCAAAUGGCGAAGGCGAGAGAGGAGGAACAGAGGAGACGAAUUGAGGAGCAGAAAUUACAGAGGAUGCAAUUUGAGCAACAAGAGAUUGAUGCAGCUCUUCAAAAAAAAAAGGAGGAAGAAGAAGAGGAAGAGGGAAGCAUUAUCAAUGGCUCCGCAGCCUAUGAGGAUGAGGAGGACCAUGCUAGGUCAGGUGCUCCCUGGUUUAAAAAGCCGUUGAAAAACCAGUCGGUGGUAGACGGCGAGCCAGUCCGGUUCACUGUGAAAAUUACCGGUGAGCCUAAGCCCGAGGUCACCUGGUGGUUUGAGGGCGAGAUGCUUCAAGACUGUGAGGACUAUCAGUACAUAGAGAGGGGUGAGACCUACUGCCUCUACCUGCCAGAGACCUUCCCAGAGGAUGAGGGAGAGUACAUGUGCAAAGCCGUUAACAGCCGGGGCACAGCCGCCAGCACCUGUAUUCUCACCAUCGAAACCGAGGACUACUGA